UAUUGAGCAACAAGCAAAGUUCUUCAUUCUUCUUCACUCUCUCUCUCUCUCUCUCUCUGCAUCUCAACACCAAAACCCUUUCUUUUGUUCUCGCUCGGUUACUAUUAUCACAAAUUUCGCUCAUCUUCCAUUCAAUCCAAAACUUUGUCCUAGCUGCAGCCAUGUCUUCUUUCCUUCCUGCCACAACAGAGUCUAUUGCUCAGGCAUUGGAGGCUAAAGACCCAUCUGAGUCUAUCUCCAUUCUUUAUCGUGUGCUUGGUGAUCCUUCUUCAUCCCCUGAUGCUCUGCGCAUGAAAGAGCAGGCUAUCACAAACCUCACCGACCUUCUCAGGCAAGAGAAUAGGGCAGAAGAUCUGCGCAGCCUUCUCACUCAGUUGAGGUCAUUCUUUUCCUUGAUUCCCAAGGCAAAAACUGCAAAGAUUGUGAGGGGAAUAAUUGAUUCUGUUGCUAAAAUACCAGGGACAUCUGAGUUACAAAUUUCACUAUGCAAAGAAAUGGUGCAAUGGACUCGCGAUGAAAAGCGUACCUUUCUGAGGCAGCGAAUUGAGGCAAGGCUUGCUACUCUUCUGAUGGAAAGUAAGGAAUAUUCACAAGCUUUGACUCUCCUUAGUGGCUUGGUCAAAGAGGUUAGAAGGCUAGAUGACAAACUCCUACUUGUAGACAUAGACUUGCUUGAAAGCAAGCUACACUUCUCCUUAAAAAAUCUUCCCAAAGCAAAAGCUGCCCUCACAGCUGCAAGAACAGCUGCAAAUGCUAUUUAUGUUCCACCAGCUCAACAAGGUGCCAUAGAUUUGCAGAGUGGGAUUCUUCAUGCUGAAGAGAAAGAUUACAAAACUGCAUACAGUUAUUUCUUUGAAGCUUUUGAGUCUUUCAAUGCUCUUGAAGAUCCCAAAGCUGUCUUUAGCCUGAAAUACAUGUUGCUGUGUAAGAUCAUGGUUAGUCAAGCCGAUGAUGUGGCUGGAAUCAUAUCCUCUAAAGCAGGCCUGCAAUAUCUUGGACCUGAUCUGGAUGCAAUGAAAGCUGUUGCAGAUGCUCAUUCCAAAAGAUCCCUGAAAUUGUUUGAAACUGCUUUACGAGACUUCAAGGCACAGUUGGGUGAUGAUCCAAUUGUUCAUAGGCACUUGACAUCCCUGUAUGAUACCCUUCUGGAGCAGAAUCUUUGCAGAUUGAUUGAACCAUUCUCAAGGGUUGAAAUUGCACAUAUUGCUGAACUUAUUGAGCUUCCCAUUGAUCACGUGGAGCGAAAGAUGUCUCAGAUGAUUUUGGACAAGAAAUUCGCCGGGACAUUGGAUCAAGGUGCUGGAUGCCUUGUCAUCUUUGACGAUCCUAAAACUGAUGCUAUAUAUCCUGCAACUUUAGAGACCAUUUCUAAUGUUGGGAAAGUCGUGGACAGUCUUUUUGUUAGGUCUGCCAAGAUAAUGACAUGAGAUCUCCAUCUUGUCUUCAUUUGACAUUUGAGUAAUUGAUACUUCUGUUGCUUUCUUACUGAUGAGAUGAGAAGGAUAGCAUUUGUUUAGUUUCUGAAUUUGUAAAAUUCAAAGAGAUUUGUAGUUUUUGAAUCUGUUUAUCACUAAACCAUGUCUGGUGUGGCCUUUGGAUUGAUCAUGUGUUUUUUGUUCUUGAAAAUUAAAUGCAUGCAAGCGUUGGUAUCGAAGAUA